UUGUAAUUGGUCUUUCGGCCUCACUUCCACACAGAGUUAUCAGCGGACUUCAUUCCAGCAGUCAGAAAGAUGCCUUUCAUUAAUGUGCAGAGUAACUUACCGGCCAGCUCCUUCUCGGAGGACUUUCUGAAGAAGCUGUGCUCCUGUGCCGCCGCUGCUCUGGGAAAACCAGAGGACAGGAUGAAUAUGGUGGUGACUCCUGGGCUACCGAUGCUGAUCUCUGGCUCUUGCUCUCCAUGCUUGAUGCUGUCGGUAUCUGCUAUUGGUGUGACUGACACCGCUGACAAGAACAAGGAGCACAGUGCCAAGAUCUUUGCAUUUCUGACCAAAGAACUGGGUCUGACUGAAGACCGGAUCAUGAUUCAGUUCCAUGCACUGCAGCCUCACCAGGUCGGGAAGAAGGGAACCGUCAUGAGCUUCUUGUGAAAGGCGACACGCUUGAUGCAUCUCACAAUCUCAUUCCUGACAGAGUAGAUCAAUAUGAACCACACAAUGAAGUAAAGAUAGUCAUUUUUUGGCCAAGUACUGUAUUUUUAUGUCAUAUCCAGAUACACUUAAGGCACAUUUUACACAUCCGCACUUAUUCCCAAAGCUGUAUAUGUACAUGAUGUAAUAACUUGUAUUUUUUAAUAAUAACAAGACUGUUUGUUGUUGUCGUUCCUAAAAUUAGUACCAUACUAUUGAAGAAAACAACAUUUGGACUCCCUCUUAAUUCAUUCCAGCAAUUCAACUAACUACAAAUAAGUAUUAUGAACUAAAUCCGUGGUUCCUAACCAUCUUCCUUAAGGGACUCCUUUUCUAUCAUUGAUAGAUAUUUAUAUAUUUAACGCAUAACAAUAACAGUACAGUUAUCCGUACUAGUGAAGGCAAUAACUGCACAAAGUUUGUGUUAAACAAACAAUUUGGAUCAAUUUUGAUUAUUUCCUGUGAAUAUUAUAUCAGAGAUGAGUUUUCCAGAUAUUUUUUAGGAGCUUUUUAUGAUUCUCUGUCUCUAUUAUGUUUUUUUUUUUAACAAUCAUACAUACUUAUUAGGCUUCUUUUUUGACAAAUCAAUCAAUCAAUCAAUCAAUCAAUCAAUCAAUCAAUUUUAUUUAUAAAGCCCAAUAUCACAAAUCACAAUUUGCCUCACAGGGCUUUACAGCAUACGACAUCCCUCUGUCCUUAUGACCCUCACAGCGGAUAAGGAAAAACUCCCCAAAAAAAACCCUUUAACAGGGGAAAAAAAACCGGUAGAAACCUCAGGAAGAGCAACUGAGGAGGGAUCCCUCUUCCAGGACGGACAGACGUGCAGUAGAUGUCGUACAGAACAGAUCAGCAUAACAAAUUAACAGUAAUCCACAUGACACAAUGAGAGAGAGAGAGAGAGAGAGAGAGAGAGAGAGAUAUGUAGGUAAUGACAGUAGCUUACAACAACAUUGUUGAAAGUAAUAAUAUUAUAGUUAUAGUUCUGGCUACUGUGGUACAAUAUGUUGAAAGUAUGUAUUAAUAUCUGGCAGUAUACAUGUGUGACAAUAGUCAUAUGUGUAUAAUAACAGUAGAAGUAUGACUAAUGACUAAUGAUGGCAGCAGCAGCAGGAGGCAUCUGGCAGGACCACGGCAGUAGCACAACCACACACGUCACACUGUCCAGGCACUGUUGCGAUAUGAGUUAAUCUGAGAGACAGUGGAGCACAAAGGCUCCGGAGAAGAAGCCGAGUUAGUGACGUCCAGAAUGGCCGAGUUAGCAAGAUGCAGUAAAAGAAUACACACAAUUAAGUCUUCCUGACACUUAGUCAUUUUCUAUUAGCUCUUUGGUUGAUUUAUCUGCAUACUUCUUUUUCAGCAGAGAGUGAAGGCUCUGUGAAUAUAGUUUGUGUUUAAGUCUUCACUGUGGUCUUAUCAUGUGAGAUUUCUGUUAAGAUUUUAUAUUGAAUUAUAAUCUAAACUUGAAAAAUUAUGAAUUCAUUUCGUUUUCUUCACAGAUGAAGUUUUUACACCCCAAAAAAUCAAGAAAGGUUUGAAGGCAGCCAACACUGAGAAAUUCCUAAACCUGUUAUUCAAUGAGUUUGUCCUGAUUAGUUUUGGAUAAACUCUUCAGUUUGUUGAUGGGACAGAGGAAAGUUCAUGAGUAAUAAACUGGCAUUUGAAUGCAUCACCUGUAAAA